GUUGCAAAGGCUGCUAUCACCAGCUACUGCUGUGACGUCACGACCGGAUGCUUCUUUUUCUUCUUCUUCUUCUUGACUUUGCUUUAACGAUAGUCAGUCAGUUACUGACAACGCCGAAGGAAGAACUCCGACAGGACGCAACCACGCGAAACGAUUGUAUUGUAAACUUGACAGUUAAACUUGAUUUGGUAGCUACAGUGCAGGAGAUGAAAAAGAUCUUGAGCAAAUGCCGAUAUGACAUUUCAAGCACCCCGUAACUGAGUCCAAUUCUUCGUUGCAUCGAGAGUGGCCUGAGGAGAGCUGAACGAAGUUCCGGGGAAUUGGAAAUGGCGAUACAGCGGCGCCCACAGAUCUGCCGAGACAUCCCUAAAGCGCUCCUACUCCUCUUGAUUCUACGGACGAAUAUUACUGAGUCCUCCUUCCAGAACUGGUCUCAGUUUAUUCACGAAGGCUGUCAACUUGAAAAGGCAACCACGGGAAAUAAAGCUGUCAUUAACGUUGCGGAUUCUGAAGACUUCUUUCAGCUGUUCGUCAGUAAGUUAGGUGCUAUGGAGCCUUCCAUAAGAUUAAGGACACCGAAUAACGAAACACACACACUCUGGGAGGCUAAAAACAGUAUUUUCGAACAACCUACUUCAGUUAGAUUUUUCAUGUCGAACGAACCAAAGGUUCAGUUUGGAAUGAAUGCAGGAGAGAACAGGACUUUAUUUUUUGAGUCUAUGGGCGCCGUCAGGCCCUCGGCCAUCUUAAUGGAGAACGUGAAGACGACUAGAAACUGCCCUCAAGGUCUUCCAUAUUCUCUUUUGAAUGGAAGUUCCUCUCAUUAUAACCCAGUACUCCGUGAUGGUGAAUCUCGAUUUGUGAUCAUUACUAAGGAGGAGAAAACAAUCACAUUAGUCCUACAUAAGCAGGAAAAUAAUCAAGAAAACAGCUCUGAAUUCUGCAUUUGCUGGAACAAAACAGACAAGAGCGUCUAUCUGUCAAACACCUCGUGUGUCUCCUGCCCACUUUUGCCGACAUGUGUGCCUCAUUUUCUCAGUCUCGUCUACGAGAAUGAUCAAAUCCCCAAGACACUGCAGAUCAACGGAACGGACAUUGCAAUAAAAAACGCCUCGCGACAUCUGACAUUCAAAACGGAGAAGGACGAAGGAGGAGAUGUUUACGUAGUACAUGACCUCAGGGAGUUUGACGCGACUUCUGGCAGACAGCCCCGGCCAAAGGGAGACUCUGAUUUUGAAGGACCGAGUUCAGGUGACAAUGAAGUCGUUCCAUUAUCAGUCGGUAUCGCUGCGAUUGUCAGCCUUACCAUCAUACUAAUCAUCUGCUUCAAGAGACGGCCUUGCAGAAACGAAGCUCCCAGCCACGCCUUGAAACAAGUUGAUAUUUGGGAACUAGGACGAAGUCGUUCCACGAGUGACGUCCGACGUAACGAACAGUGCGAAGACGGCGACUCUGAGAUCUACUACGAGGAAAUCCGAACGUCCUACGUCCCUGAAUCGCAGGGCCUCUCCGGAAGACCGAUUUGGCUACAGGAGGACCGCAGCUGCAGGGGAAUUAGCCCACAGGAGGACCACGACUACGCAGAGAUUCACACAAUCCCGUAUGAAUGGGAGGAUUCACACGGAAGAAACGGUGUCGUCAGCUACGAAACCGUCAACGACAUUUACGAAUCGUUGGAAACGUUACGUCGAAACUGAACGGUUUAGAAGGUUGUGUGUGUGUGUGUGUGUACACACACACACACACACACACACACACACACACACACACACAUAUAUAUAUAUAUAUAUAUAUAUAUAUAUAUAUAUAUAUAUAUAUAUAUAUAUAAUCUGAUUCAACGUAUAAUCAAACCCGGAUGUUUAUGAGCCAAGGUGGCUAAUACGAACCAG